AUGGGCGAGGUGCCAGCUUCGUUCUUUAGCCAUCAUCUAGGCCAACGCGUCCGUCUUCUGUUCAUUGGCGGCGAUGGUAGCCGAGCGGUUCCAGGCUCCGAUAACCUCCAAUAUGGCGUUGCUCAGCCGGGACAAAGAGUACGGUUCGCUGAUGCAGCUCCAUUUCUCUUGACUUCGUCGUCGUCCGAGGGUGAGGCUAGAUCCAGGUUACCUCCCAACUUCCAAGCAGAAGACAUCAUUCUCCGACUCCGUCCCAACAUUCACAUUGCUGUCAAUCAAGACACUUCCCCCUUUGACGAAGACAUGUGGCAGGAGCUUACGGUCACACCACCCGCUGCCUCAGCCUCAACGCAGACCUGGAGACGGGCGGAGUGGUACAUAGACAGCGCCAGCUUUUUGGGUUGCUUGCUCGAGACAGGCGAGUCGUUCCUACAUCUCCUAAUAGGCCAGUUUUUGGCCGUUACGCCUAUGUAACACCCGUAGGGGGGGCAUUGAGAGUCAAGGAUAAGAUUGUAGUAUCAAAGAGAAGCCAGUGA